CAAACCGGAAGCUGCAUUUGUUGACCUGCCUGAGAAGAAGCAAGAUGGCUAACCUGGACGUGGAGGAGUUUAUCCAACAGAAUAGAGCUGUGGCUGAUGAGGUGGAAACGUACCGUGGUUACUGGGAGAGUGACAAACACUGGCAGCCGAGGAGGGAGUUCAUCCUUCGGAACAUCAACGACUUCGAGGAGCCGCACAUGGACCAGCUGCUCGCGCUUUCCAUGGUGUGGGCCAACAACGUCUUCAUGGGCUGUCGGUAUAGCACGGAGCUCUUGGAGAAAGUGAGGGAAAUGGCUGAAGGCAUCGUGGUAGAGGAUGCACCAGUCUUCAAGACAAGAGAUGAGAUUAUGAAGAAGCAACAGGGUCGAUGACCGGCUCGCCUGAUCCCUUCUGGUGUGGGAACAAACCUGAAAACUUGACGGAUCUCAGAUGUUGUUUGAAACAGCCUUUGAACUUUUAAAAAUAUGUUUGAACGAUCUACACUUUUUAAUACUGAUGAGUGUUAGCAUUUAAAACAUUUUUUAAAUCAAAAGUAGGACUAUUGUGUUCCUCAGCAUCCAUUGUUGAGGGAGAGAUUUUUUGCAGUGUGGGAGCUUCGCUGCUCAUCCAUUUCAACUCAACAUUCUCACAGUGUUUUGUAAUUUUUUUGAAGCAAACUCGUUUUUAGUAUGUUUUUAUACAUAGAUAUGAAAGAUGAAUCUUGUCCUAAUGUCCCUGUCUUAACCACAAUAAAUGUGUUUUUUUGACUCA